AUGGGCAUUUGCACCAACGCUUCGCCAGAGGUAGAUGGUGUUUAUAAUGCCUCCUUAACGCGCUCUCAUUCACGAGUCUUUACAGAGGCGGAGAGCAGAGAUGGCUCAUUGGGCAGAACAGGGCAGUCACGCGGUAGCUUAUUCAUCGCAGAUGACCAGCAUCAAUUAUUUCCCGUAAUAGGGCUGCCUUUGACCUCUGAAAGUUCCCAAGAGCGUGGCAUAAUUGGUCAGCUACUUCAACAAGCGGGUUUAGUUCUUGACGAAAAGACGAGACUCCAAAUCUUGGAGAAGAAGAUAGACCUGCGGGGUAUUUUGAAAGCUGGGUUAAAGGCGCUUUCACACGAGACUUUGGUAGACGCCGAUUGCUCUACCUCUUACGACGGCCGAGAAGGGUGUGCCACCAAUAGUACAAAACUCCGUACGGACAAAAUAUUGGUAGUGCAAAAUGCCAACAAAGAAUACAUGGCAUCCGUACCCGAUAUUCCCAGAAAUAACAUCCGAAUCAAGCAAGUCCUAUUCGUCGCAGCGUGUGUCGCCAAUGCAUCGUCUCUAGGACUCUCUCUCGAUGGUUUGAACUGCGACAGCGCCGAGUCGCCUUUCUUCCGCAACUCCGUCUCGGAAUUAGCCGCUACAGCGAUAUUAGGGGCGUGCCUCAGCGAUUUCCUAGAUCUGAAGACGCACUUACGACCCUGUGCCACGCAGCUAAUGCACAGACACCAUCCAUAUAUCGACGUGCUUCCAUUCCCUACUUUCCGAGAACGUCUUAUCAAACUCGCUUGUGCUAAGGAGCCAAUGAUCGAUGAGGACGAGUUGUGCAAAGACCUUGAAAACGACGGUUUGAUUUGCUGGGGAUCAAGUCUAGGUGGUGGGAGUCCGGCGAUGGGAUCGGGCGCCCCGUGGGAUAUACGGAGCUGGGAAGCGCAAGGUUGGUUUAUGAAGAAGUGGUGGAUCUUGAUUGGUGGUGUGGAAGGAGAAAUCUAUAAACAGACGCAGUGGUGGUGUGAGAUGAGGGGCGAGCGGUCUUGCUAUCCCUGGUAA